AUGCUAUCCGAAGCUUUUCCAUCCGCAGAUUUUGCUAGCCUACAAGUUCCAAGCUCUUCCUCUUUCGAGUCGUGUCAAUUGCAAGUAAUUGUUCUACAACACAAUUUAUUUUCGGAAUUAUACGGGCACCAGAUGCCGGAUAAGCCGAAUAUCGGAUCUUCCAACGCCCAAGCCAGCUUUAUCAGAGAGGCGUUGAUCAUUCGUUUCAGGUCGAUCGAAUACAUGCUGUCGAUUGUGGAUGAGAAGCGAGUACUACGAUCAUUCUCUAGCAAGAAGAACUUCACUAAGACGAGGUACUCGAGCGAGCUGGACAUCGAUAGGAAGGUGGAAAUUAACGACCUGCUCACGGAAGACUCCCCUCUUCUGGUCAAUGGCGAAUUACACCUGCAGCUUACGUUACGUCCCAUUGAUUGA